AUGUCGCUAGCCCUACCACGUUCAUCAUCCGCCCUCUCGACUCCAAAGUCCGGUAACCAACCUCUCGACAGGCAAGACCUCGAUGAAGCCGACGAUGUCGACGACUCUGAUCUCAUGGGUGUACCGCAACCGGGAAAGCGCAUGGUAGAUGCCGACCUGGAUGGCAAGGGCGACUCUGAUGGGGAUGAUGACAAGGACGAAGAUUAUGAUGACCGGGGGGAGGCGGGGCCCGCGUAUCAGCACAUGGGCGGAGCAGCCUCGGGAGGGAAGGGUAAAGGGAAGAAGAAGGAUAACGGGCAGUAUAUCGAGGAGAAGGCAAAGAGAAAGAGAGCAGAAACAUAUAUGUUGCGAGGCCAGAUGGAUGAAGACCAGGGAAGACGGUUCGACACAUUCAGUACUGUGGCCUUGAACAAGAAUUUGAAUAGGGACCUCUACGAUCAACACUGUACGCCACAACUAUCACAGGUCGUAGCAGGUAUGGCAAAGAUCUUUGUCGCAGAUGUGAUCGAAAUGGCCAAGGAGCUCCAACCCCACUCGGCAAAUCCUACGGGUCCCUUGCUGCCUUACCAUCUCAAGCUGGCCAAAAUGUGUCUUGAACAAGAGGGUAUGACUAGAAGCAACGUCCAAACACCUGCCAAUGGAUUACGGGGAAAGAAGGCUCUUUUCAGAAGGAGAUGA